GUCAAUAUUAUCUCCAUAAUGUACCACUACGUCAAUAUUAUCUCCAUAAUGUACCACCAUGUCCUAUUAUCUCCAUAAUGUACCACCAUGUCCUAUUAUCUCCAUAAUGUACCAUCAUGUCAAUCUUAUCUCCAUAAUGUACCACCAUGUCAAUAUUACUCUUACAUAUUAUGUCCAUAAUGUACCACCAUGUCAAUGUUACUGUGAGGGGCGUGGCCUGCGGGACUGCAGCAAGGUGGGAUGUGCCAGGACCGGCUUCGAGAUUAGCGACAGGUGCGUAGAUGACACAGCUGAGAGUGUUUGUCUGAUGACCUGUCGCUCUGUUAAAGGGAGCAGUCGGGAAGGAGAAGGUUGUUGAUGGUCGUGGAGGGUGGCGAGUUGGCAGCGGAGCACGAGCGAAAGGCUGCAGAGAAACCAGUUGUGUGCUCACUGAGAGGGACGGACAUUUGCUGAAAAGCAUAAGGAACUAUUUAUUGCAAAAUAAAUCAUUGUGUGCAAACAUGACCGAAGCUGUCACGUCCGUCUGUGGUGAUCCAAGGAACCCUGGGGAGCAAGACCUCCACAAUUUGGCGCCCAACCUGGCUGGACCACCGGAGGUGGGGGAGGACGACCCCCUGACGGCUCUCGCGGGCGUGGUCGCUAAGGUGGCAGCGAGCAGCCGCCAACAGCUCGAGGUAGCCCGCCAACAGUGCGAGGUCCUGCGGGCGUUGGCGGACCAGAUGGGCGGAGCACGGCCAAUACCAACGGCUGUCUCCAUACACCGCAUGGGGGAGGAAGAGGAACCCCUUGCCUUUUUGGACAUUUUUGCGGCCACGGCAAGAGCAUGUGCGUGGCCGGAGGAAGAGUGGGGGAGGCGCACCGUGCAGCGCUCAGCCUGCCAGCGGCAUCCAGAAUGCGCUUCACAGACCUUAGGAGGGCGGUGCUGGACCGGACGGGAUGCACCGUCGAAGAUUACCGGCGCCGGUUACGGUCCAUGCGUCUGGGAAAGGAGGACCGGCCAUUCACCUUUGGUCAGCGGCUCCGGGACGCAGCGACGCGCUGGCUGCAGCCGGGAGAAGGAGAUGGCAGGCUGCUGGAUCAGAUCAUCCGGGAGCAGUUCCUGGAGGCGAUCCCGACGAAGACGGCCAACUGGGUCCGGUACCACCGGCCCCGGGACCUGGCAGCUGCGGUGACCCUCGCCGAGGACCACCUGGCCGUCCACCGCGAGGUGCAACCGGCACCAACGGCGCACGGACAGAGCGUGCAACAUAAGAAGGAGAGCGUAGAGCACAUUCCCCACCUUAACCCGCGUAACACUCCUUCUGCUCUUUCUUCGCAGGUCCCGGCUGCUUCCCUCAGAACAUCUCCCGGGCAGACGGCCCCUCAAACGCUUGGGCAGGCGUGCUGGAGGCGUGGGCGGCCCGGUCGCGCGCGUCAGGAACCUCAGCAGGUGGAAGUGGGGCGCGUGGCCGGGGUGGCCGGCCCUUCAGUGCCCUCCCCCGGCCCGGGUGAGACGUAUGGUAUCAAGGCUGACGCGUCGGGCAGAGGUCUGGGAGCGGUUUUGUCCCAGCAGGUGGAGGGCGUCGACCGACCCAUCCUAUACAUCAGCCGGAAACUGUCCGAAAGGGAGGCAAGGUACAGCACAGUGGAGAGGGAGUGCCUCGCCAUCAGGUGGGCGGUCGGGGCCCUCCGAUACUACCUCCUGGGGCGCUCAUUCAGCCUCUGCUCGGACCACAAGCCCCUCCAGUGGCUCCAGCGCAUGAAAGAUGCCAACGCGCGGAUCACCCGUUGGUAUCUAGCGUUGCAACCCUACAACUUCAGAUUGAUUCACAGACCGGGUGUACAGAUGGCCGUGGCGGACUUCCUUUCCCUCACGGGGGGGGGGGGGGGGGAGUGGGCUCGGCCGGACAGCGUCCCGGCCUGAGUCUGGCGGUGGAGGUAUGUGAGGGGCGUGGCCUACGGGACUGCAGCAAGGCGGGAUGUGCCAGGACCGGCUUCGAGAUUAGCGACAGGUGCGUAGAUGACACAGCUGAGAGUGUUUGUCUGAUGACCUGUCGCUCUGUUAAAGGGAGCAGUCGGGAAGGAGAAGGUUGUUGAUGGUCGUGGAGGGUGGCGAGUUGGCAGUGGAGCACGAGCGAAAGGCUGCAGAGAAACCAUUUAUGCUCACU